AUGAUUCUCUGGUGGUUAUCUUUAUUUAUAAUUUACAUUAUUUCGUUUACUGUUGCUAAUCCAACAAAUUUUACUAUUGAACCGCGUCAUAUUCCAGUACGUUUUUUUACACCCGUCAUUGCACCAAGUUUAGCAAGUCGGUGUUUUGGAUGUCUUGUACCGUCAUCUGACUGUACAGUACCUUGUUCGAGUCCUCAGCGUUGUUUUAUACGUGGGCCAACAUCAUUCCAUCCAGUAAAUGAUCGUCGUUGUACUGACGAACGAUGGGUACGCGAUUUACUUGUCGACGGUUGUCUGACAUACAAUAGCCUUUAUUGGUGUAUGUGUUCAACUGAUUUAUGUAAUUCCGGUGAUUUCAAUUCUAUUCGUGGUUUCGAUGAUUGUUCAACUAAUCCUUGUCCGCCGAGCACUAUCUGUCUUGAUACAAAAGAUGGCUUCAGUUGUAUAUGUCCACCAUGGCAAGAAGAUUGCACUUAUUCUUUUAGUGUCGGUUGUACGUGUAAGAAUGGUGGCAGAUGUAUUAUGGGUCUUGGAACAUAUAUUUGUGAAUGUCCAUAUGGUUACAAUGGAGUCAAUUGUGAGACACGAAUUCGUCGCCAAAGUUAUUCGCCAUCAUCUUGUUACACUCGAUGUGAACGGCGAACAUGUACUUAUCGUCAGUCAGGAUACGGCAUGGCACCAUUGAGUUGUACAUGUGAUCAGCCUAGUCGUUAUUCGAGCGGUAGCAAUAACUGUAACAUGCAACGAGCUCCACAACCCUAUGUAGUUUGCAAUCCAAAUCCUUGCCGAUAUGGACAAUCAUGUUAUUCAUUAACAUCAUACAGUUUCUACUGUACAUGUCAAAUAACUUAUAUAGGUCCUCUGUGUGAACGAUCAAAUCCUUGUGCGCAUAAUCCGUGUUCUCAUGAUCAAAGAUGUAUUGUUAAUGCUCAAAAGAGAGCUAGUUGUGUAUGUAAUACACCUUACUGUCAACGUCGAGACAUCUGUAUUCCAAAUCCCUGCAUGAAUGGUGGUACAUGUCAAUUGCAAGGCGUGCUCAGCUUUACAUGUCAAUGUCGCCCAGGUUUUCACGGAUUAACUUGUCAGAUAUGUGAUGCUUGUACUCCAAAUCCAUGUCUAAAUGGAGGAUCAUGUAUUUUUGAUGAAUCAACAGGAUCUUUCCGUUGUUAUUGUCCAGCUGGAUAUACUGGACGUACGUGUGAUGUUGGAAAUGCUAUUACUACUGCUUCUCCUAAUCCAUGUUUACCAAAUCCAUGUCGUAAUGGUGGAACUUGUCAGCCCAAUAAUGUAGGAAGUUUUAUGUGUUCAUGUCCAACUGGUUAUCAAGGCAUUUGUUGUGAAACUCUUUUGGAUCCCUGUACGCCAAGUCCAUGUCAAAACAGUGGCAUCUGUAUGGCAAGUGGAACUAACUUUUUCUGCUCAUGCCAAGGCGGAUCUUCCGGUCAAAAUUGUGAAAUACGUGAUCCUUGCAUACAAAAUCCUUGUCUUAAUGGUGGUCAAUGCAGACCUAAUGGAAUGGGAGGUUUCAUAUGUAUGUGUAUGCUUCCAUUUUCUGGCCAACGAUGUGAAGAUCGUAUAGAUCCAUGUGCUAAUCAACCAUGUCGAAAUGGAGGUACUUGUCAACCAACUAAUGGCAAUUCUUAUCAAUGCAUCUGUCCACCUGGUUAUUCAGGUUNGGAAUGGGAGGUUUCAUAUGUAUGUGUAUGCUUCCAUUUUCUGGCCAACGAUGUGAAGAUCGUAAGUAUAGAUCCAUGUGCUAAUCAACCAUGUCGAAAUGGAGGUACUUGUCAACCAACUAAUGGCAAUUCUUAUCAAUGCAUCUGUCCACCUGGUUAUUCAGGUUUCGAUUGUUCGACACGUGAUCCUUGCUCUCAAAAUCCAUGUAUGAAUGGUGGUCAGUGUUAUCCAACUAAUGCUGGAGGAUUUAGCUGUCAAUGUCCUUCGGGUUUCAAUGGUCAACAAUGUGAAGAUCGUGAUCCUUGUGCUUCUCAACCAUGCAUGAAUCAGGGCACUUGUAUGAGAGAAAAUGGUGGUUUUCAUUGUGCAUGUCCACCAGGAUAUUCAGGAAGUCGAUGUGAAAUUCAAGAUCCAUGCCAAAAUAAUCCAUGCAUGAAUGGUGCUACAUGUCAAUCUACUAACGGGAAUGUUGGUUAUCAAUGUCUAUGCCCUAGUGGUUUCAGUGGACUACGUUGUGAGACAAGAGAUGCAUGUAUCCCGAACCCUUGUAUGAAUGGUGCAAUGUGUGUUGCGAACGGCUUUGGUGGAUUUACUUGUCAAUGUUCUCCAGGAUUCAGUGGUCCACGAUGUGAAGAUCGUGACCCUUGUGCUUCUGUGCCAUGCAUGAAUCAAGGCACUUGUAUGAGAGAAAAUGGUGGUUUUCGUUGUGUAUGUCCACCAGGUUAUUCUGGAAACCUAUGCGAAAUUCAAGAUGCAUGCCAGAGUAAUCCUUGUAUGAAUGGUGGUACUUGUCAACCUUCUAAUGGAAAUUUGGGUUUUCAGUGUAUAUGUUCCACUGGUUUCAGUGGUCUCUACUGUGAAACUAGGGACCCAUGUGCUCAAAAUCCUUGUCUAAAUGGUGGACAAUGUUUUCCAACUAAUGUUGGCGGAUUUUAUUGUCGAUGUCCUCCGGGAUUAAGUGGUGAACGAUGUGAAGAUCGUGAUCCAUGCAGUCAAAAUCCGUGUAUGAAUGGUGGUCAGUGUUUCCCAACGAAUAUUGGAGGAUUUACUUGUCAAUGUCCAGUUGGAUUCAAUGGUCAACGUUGUGAAGAUCGUGAUCCUUGUGCUCAAAAUCCAUGUAUGAAUGGUGGACAAUGUUUUGUAAAUAACAUUGGAGGAUUCACUUGCCGAUGCCCUUCUGGAUUCAGUGGCCAACGAUGUGAAGAUCGUGAUCCUUGUGCUUCUCAACCUUGCAUGAAUCAAGGCACUUGUAUUAGUGAAAAUGGUGGCUUUCGUUGUGUAUGUCCAGCAGGAUAUUCUGGAAGUCGAUGUGAAACUCGAGAUGCAUGCCAAAGUAAUCCGUGCAUGAAUGGUGGCAUUUGUCAGCCAACAAACGGAAAUAUUGGUUAUCAAUGUAUAUGCCCGUCUGGUUUCAGUGGUCCCCUUUGUGAAACUAGUACGCUUGCAUCAUGUUCUUCUUCACUUUUGAAUGAAUGCAUAAUUGAUAUGUACGUAAGUUUUGCUUUUCUUAUAGGAGAUGCGUGUGCGCAAAAUCCUUGCUUGAAUGGUGGUCAAUGUAUGUCGACUGGGAUCGGUGGUUUUACCUGCGUGUGUGUUGCUCCUUAUACGGGCCAACGAUGUGAAGAUUCAAAUCCAUGCUCGAAUAACCCGUGUGGUGAUAAUGGACAGUGCAUUCAGAGUGGUGGAGGCUUCUAUUGUGAAUGUAAUCUUGGCUUUUUUGGAAAUCUAUGCGAGCGGCUUGUAUGCACGCCUAAUCCCUGCACGAAUGGUGGCACAUGUGAAGCUCGUCCUAAUGGUGUCUUUCAUUGCAACUGUCCACCUGAUUUUGAAGGGCAACGCUGUGAAUUUCGUAAAGUUUGUGAACCAAAUCCAUGUGUCAAUGGAGGAACAUGUAGUCCAUAUGGUCUUGAUACUUAUUCGUGUAAUUGCCCAUUUGGUUAUACUGGUAGAAAUUGUGAAAGCGUUGAUCCGUGUAUUCCCAGUCCAUGUGAAAAUGGUGGUCAGUGCAGAUCAACUGUAGGCUCCAGCAGUUAUGUUUGCGAUUGUCCACCUACUUUCAUUGGUCAAAAUUGUGAUAUGCGUGAAAUCUGCUCUACAAAUCCAUGUCUUAAUGGUGGUCAAUGUACUGCUAACAGUAUUGGAGGCUUUACAUGUAUGUGUAUCUCGCCAUUUACAGGACAACGAUGUGAAGAUCGUAUAGAUCCAUGUGCUAAUCAACCAUGUCGAAAUGGAGGUACUUGUCAACCAACUAAUGGCAAUUCUUAUCAAUGCAUCUGUCCACCUGGUUAUUCAGGUUUCGAUUGUUCGACACGUGAUCCUUGCUCUCAAAAUCCAUGUAUGAAUGGUGGUCAGUGUUAUCCAACUAAUGCUGGAGGAUUUAGCUGUCAAUGUCCUUCGGGUUUCAAUGGUCAACGAUGUGAAGAUCGUGAUCCUUGUUCUCAAAAUCCAUGUAUGAACGGUGGCCAAUGUUAUCCAACUAAUGCUGGAGGAUUCACCUGUCAAUGUCCUUCGGAUUUCAAUGGUCAACGAUGUGAAGAUCGUGAUCCUUGUUCUCAAAAUCCAUGCCUGAACGGUGGACAAUGUUUGGCAAAUAAUAUUGGUGGAUUUGCAUGUCAGUGUCCUUCGGGUUUCAAUGGCCCACGUUGUGAAGAUCAUGAACCUUGUACUUCUCUGCCAUGCAUGAAUCAAGGCACGUGCGUGAGAGAAAAUGGUGGCUUUCGCUGUGCAUGUGCAUCAGGAUAUUCAGGAAAUCUUUGUGAAAUUCAAGAUGCAUGUCAAAUUAGUCCUUGCAUGAAUGGUGGCAUAUGUCAGCCUGCUAACAGCAACAUUGGCUAUCAAUGUACUUGUUCCGCUGGUUUCACAGGUUUACAAUGUGAAAGACGAAAUGUAUGCACACCAAAUCCAUGUCUUAAUGGUGCUACAUGUGUACCAAAUAUAAUGGGUGGUUUUACAUGUGAAUGCGCUGGCAGUUUUACUGGAUUACGAUGUGAAGAUCAAGAUGGUUGUUCGAGUCAACCAUGUAAAAAUCGUGGCGUUUGUGUUAAUUUAGCUGGUGGCUCAUACGAAUGUCAAUGUCGUACAGGUUUUGAAGGACCUACUUGUGAACAAAUGGAUAUUUGUGGUGUAAAAAAUCCAUGCAUUUGUGGUACAUGUCAAAAUGAUCCAUACAAUCCACAAGGUUUUCGUUGUUUCUGUCCACCUGGUUAUUCUGGUAGUCGAUGUGAAAAAUUUCUAAAUUGUUUGGAUGCUGGAGAAGAAUGUAUGAAUGGCGGUACAUGUAUGCAACGUCCACUUGGUGAUCAUGCUUGUUCAUGUCCUUAUCCGUAUUGUGGUCUUCGUUGUCAAUCGCAGCGACCUUCGUGUGGAAUAAUGCAUACACUUGCCCCAGCUACAACACCUUCAAAUGGCGUUUCGGUAUGUUCUGCAAGUCAAUGUAAUAAUCAUGGUAUUUGUCAUGAAGCUGGUUAUGGAAAAGGCAUUCAAUGCUACUGUUCAACAGGCUGGUCUGGUUCACGUUGUCAAUAUAGUUUAUCCUGUAAAGAUAUUCAUCAAUGUAGAAAUGGCGGAGUUUGUCGCGAAUUAACAGAGGACAUCAGUAUCUGUCAUUGUUCAGCACAGUUUUGGGGAGAACGAUGCGAGUAUGCGUAUGAAUCUGGGUCAGGAACAGGUUUCCACGAACAGCAGCAACAGUACACUUCUAACCAGUACAAUCACAUUGAUCCGUCGGCAGCGAACUUAGUGAAAAAGAGUGUAUCAAACAAAACAAAAAAACGUAAACAAGCCAACAAAAUUUAA